UCACCCACCCCCUCCCCUCUCACCCCUCACCCCCACCCACCCACGUCAACAUGGCAACAGAGGCAGAGGCGAAAUUCAGCAGCUCUCCAGCAGAACUUGACAACAGUACUAGUAACAUGUUGUCUGGAGAUGAAGAUCAAACUGAAGCCAUUAUGCUGCCAAAUGAAAUCAAUGGGAACUGGACAUCACGAGAGACGUCUAUUCAUGAAGCUCGCCUCAAGGCUAAAGCCAAGAGACGUUUGAGGAAGAACUCUUCUCGGGAUUCUGGACGAGGAGAUUCUCUCAGUGAUAAUGGGGAAAGUAGUCGGAGUAUUAUUCCCACUAGUCCGAAGGGGAAAAUGUUGGACAGAAAGUCACGGAUGGGGAAAGGAAGAGGACUGCCCAAGAAAGGUGGAGCAGGAGGUAAGGGUGUCUGGGGGACGCCUGGUGAGGUGUAUGAUCUGGAGGAAGUAGAUGUCCGAGAUCCCAAUUAUGAUGAAGAUCAGGAGAAUUGCGUGUAUGAAACAGUGGUUCUACCCUUAGAUGAAGGGGUUUUUCAGAAAACCGUGACUCCAAUUGUACAAGAAUACUUUGAACAUGGAGACACCAAUGAGGUUCUGGAGUUGCUGAAUAACUUGAAUCUUGGAGAAAUGAAAUGUACUGUGCCAGUGCUAGCAGUUUCACUAGCUUUAGAGGGCAAGGCCAGCCACCGUGAGCUUACCUCCAGACUUCUGUCUGAUCUAUGUGGAAAAGUGCUCACUACAAAUGAUGUGGAAAAAUCCUUUGAUAUGCUGCUGAAGGAUUUGCCAGAACUAGCCUUGGACACUCCUGGAGCACCACAGCUCGUAGGCCAGUUUAUUGCAAGAGCUGUAGCAGAUGAAAUCCUGUCAAAAAGUUACAUUGAAAGUUACAAAGGAAAAGUGGAUUGUGAGAAUGCCAGAGCUGCCUUGGGUAGAGCAGCCGUGUUGCUCAGUAUGAAGAGGGGAGGUCUGCGACUGGACAAUGUAUGGGGAACAGGAGGAGGACAAAGGCCAGUUGAACAGCUUGUCCAAGAGAUUGACAUGUUGCUGAAGGAAUACCAGGUGUCUGGAGAUGUGGAAGAAGCUGAACACUGCCUGCGGGAACUCGAAGUGCCACACUUUCACCAUGAAUUUGUGUAUAAGGCUAUCGUGAUGGUUCUGGAAUCAACUGGGGAAACUACAUUCAAAAUGAUACUGAAGCUACUUAAGUCCUUGUGGGAAUCAACAAUCAUAACAGUGGACCAAAUGAACAGAGGUUUUGAGAGGGUGUACAAGGAAAUUCCUGAUAUUCAUUUAGAUGUGCCACAGGCUUACAAUGUGAUGGAACAAUUUGUGGAACAGUGCCAUCAAAUGGGGAUCAUAGUGAAACAGCUGAGGGAUCUUUGUCCCUCCAGGGGACGCAAACGCUUUGUGAGCGAAGGAGAUGGCGGGCGCUUCAAAUGAGAAAGUUGUCAGAGGUGAUUAAGCGCAAGUUCCUGCAAUUUUUUUUUUUGUUUUUGUGCAGUCAACUUUCUGAUUAUAGCUUUUCAGUCCCUAUAGCUCUCAUCACAUGUGAGCAUUGGGCACAAGUUAAACCUCAUUAAAUAUUUUCGAGUGCAUUCGCUACGAAAAUAGAACCAAAAAGCACUUAAUAUGUGGGGUAUAGAUUUUCUCUUUUUCCAAGGGUGAAGAAUUAACAGCAGUGCCACACGCUUGUGGUCAAUGAAAAUAAGCUACCUAAGGAUAUAUAUAGGUAAUCUGAUCAUUCCAUAGUCUUGUACAAACUUCACUGCCAAGCCUUUCUGAAUACUAUGGUCUUCAAAAAGACUGGCUUAAAUACUGAAAUCUCUAUGAAUGGGUUACACAUGCUGUGUGUAAUGGAUCUCUUGGCUGCUAAUGCUAAAAAUGCAAUGCUUCAAGCAGUUUAAAAAAAGCUGGACUCUACCUUUUUAUUUCUGUACAAUUUCCAGCAGAAUGUAUAAACUGUCCAAUUGAUUUAUGGUACAAAUAACUUCUGGCAUUAAAAAUUGAUUUUGAAGAUGGAAUAUGACAGUGGAUGUACUUUUCUUCCUUGCAGAACAUGAAAAUCAAAAUAAAGUUGGUUUUUAAAAA